AUGGCUGCUCUUGUCAAGGCGAUCAACGCAAAGAUCAGGUCCAACCCUGUGACGGACUACGUCUGCUCUACUCACUUCUGGGGCCCUGUUUCGAACUUCGGUAUCCCCUUGGCCGCCGUCAUGGACACCCAAAAGUCCCCCGAUCUGAUUUCCGGCCAGAUGACGGGUGCCCUCUGCAUCUACUCAGCCACCUUCAUGCGCUACGCCCUUGCCGUCCAGCCCAAGAACUACCUUCUCUUCCUCUGCCACUUUGUCAACGAGGGCGCCCAGCUUACCCAGGGAUACCGUUACAUGCAGUACAACUACUGGGGAGGCAAGGAGGCUUCCGCCACAAAGGCGGCCUUCGAGGGCGUCCAGAAGAAGGCCGAUGCCAUUGAGGCCAAGGUUGAGUCCAAGGUCAAGCAGGCCGUCGGCAAAUAA